CUAACUUCUUCUCUUUCACAACAUUGGCUCCACUUUUUGCCUCUCUCUCUCUCUCUCUCUCUCUCUCUCUCUCUCUCACACGCGCAAAUGACUCCAGAUGAUCGCACGAGAGAGUUUAACGAAUAUCAAGAAGAAAGCUUAGCUUCAAGACCUCAACCUCAUCAUCAUCGUCAAGCUACAUCCCCAUGCUUUUCUAGUAUUAUAACCCCAAAUUAUGUCUUGCAUAGCUCAGUUGAAGAACAAGGUGGAUGUUUUCAUAGAGCUUCGCAGCCUUCAGAUCGUGGACUAGAGGCUUUGCCGGCUCCAAUCAGCAUAACAACAUCCCAGAAAUUAGAAGAUCAAAGAGUUGAGGAGGAUCAUCAAAAGGGACGCCAUGAACACAGCUCGUCAUCAUCAUCAUCAUCAUCAUCAUCGCUGCCAUUUAAGUGGACAUCCUCCAAGAUGAGGAUGAUGAGGAAGAUGAUGAUCUCAGAAAAGAGACCACCGCCAAAUAAAUCAUCAGCUCACGAGUCUGAAGACCGGCCGUACCCUGACUCAAUUACCUUGUCAUGUCCUCAAAUGGAUAGUAACGGUGGCUGCAGCGGCAACACCGCAGUUAGGGUUUGUGUCGACUGCAACACAUCGAAAACCCCACUCUGGAGAAGUGGUCCCAAAGGUCCCAAGACGCUUUGCAAUGCUUGUGGGAUCCGGCAGAGGAAAGCGAGAAGGGCCAUGGCCGCCGCCGCCGCCGCAGCUAAUGGUAGAGUUGUUCCUACUCCUACUAUGACUUUGCCUGCGAAGUGUAAGCUGAAAAACAAAGACAACAAGAGACCAGGAAGUAAAGCAGCUAUUGAUCAAGAAUCAGAAACAAUCAAGAAAAGAUUCAAGCUUCCCCCUCCAACAUUAGCAUCUUCCAAAGAGACGAAGCAGCUUUGUUUGGAGGACUUUGCUGCGAGACUAAGCAAGCGUUACUCGGCAAAUCUCCAGCGGGUGUUCCCACAAGAGGAGAAGGAAGCUGCCAUCUUGCUUAUGGCCUUAUCCUGUGGCCUCGUCCAUGGUUAAUAGAACUAUUGAUAGAACAGACAAAAAUGGUUUAAUGGGCAUUAAACCACCUAUAUUUUCCACAAAGUUAUCAUUCCAAUAAGGUCAUGUAACGAUAUGCGAUAUGCUGGGCAUUGCGGCACCGGUUACAUGCGGUAACUCCAUCCUGAAUGGUUUUUAUGAUCAUUGCUUGCUUCUUUAGGUCGUCCCCUCCGCAGAGAUAGCCGAUUAUGGAUGAUAAAUUGGAAAAUCGCUAAUAAGUGCAAGGUUCAUCAUCUUAAACAUCAAGCUCUGUAAGCUUGCAGUGCACAUUGUUCUUCC